AGAGCGAGCGCGCGCCUGCAGUUGCCACCAGCCCCCUCGCAGCACCAACUUGAUUUCCCAAUACCUGCACCUUUAGCAGUUCGGAGCUGGCUUCUGUUUUUCGUUAGUGCUUUGCUGCAGGGACAAAUGCAUACAAAUGCAUUUAGGAGCCUACAGGACAAGGCAUGGAAAGGUCUCCCCCACCACAAAAACGAAACUGCUUCUUCGUGUUAUUAUACUAUGUGUGGUGUGCAUUACUGUUCAUGCACAGGGACAAGGCAUAGAUAUCCUUCAUCAACUAGGCAUUAGAGGCAAAGAUGUGAGACACACAUCAUCAGCGACUGCUGUGCCAUCGUCAUCCACACCAUUACCUCGGAGGGUCCAUUUGACAGAAUUUGGUGUCAUUUUAAAAAAUAAUGCCUAUAUUGAGGCACCUCUAGUGAACAUUUUACCAAUUAGUUUAAGACAGCCACUGACAGUAUUGAUUGGGUUGCAAUCACACAAAGUGAACAAUGCAUUUCUCUUCAGCAUUCGAAAUAACAACAGGCUGCAAUUAGGAGUACAGUUACUGCCUAAGAAACUAGUAGUGCACGUUGGAGGAAAGCAAUCAGUAGUUUUCAACUACAGUGUCCAUGAUGAGCGAUGGCACUCCUUUGCCAUCACUGUUCGAGACCGAGUUGUCUCCAUGUUUGUUGAAUGUGGAAAGAGAUUUUUUAGUGGUGAGACUACUUCCGAAGUUCAGACCUUCGACUCUCACAGUGUGCUCACCUUGGGAAGUAUGAACAAUAACUCUGUCCAUUUUGACGGAAUAGUGUGUCAGCUGGAUAUUAUUCCUUCCACGGUAGCAUCUGCAGACUAUUGCAGAUACAUGAAACAGCAGUGCCCCCAAGCAAACAUAUCCCAAGCUGAAACAAGCCUUCCUCAUGCAGCAGUAAUGCCGACCAGACACCCUGAGCACACUCCCCUGCCCAGAGGAGUUGCUGAAACAGAAUUGCCACAGAAGAUAUUCUCUGAGGGCAAAGCCAUUCCAAAUAUCAGAAAUAACCGCUCCACCACAGUGCGUAAAAGCCAGGAGCACCAGAUAUCAAGGUCCCAGUUAACAUCUUUCCAUUCAGAAAAUGUCUCGGCUGUGACUCUGCCAAACUACAGAACUGAAGCUAAAGAAAUUACCACUGAGGAACAGACAAAUUUAAACCUGUCAGCGUCUCAUCAUCACCCAACUGAGACAAGAAUACACACAGCUGGAUCAGACAUCACCCAACAUGGCCAAGAAGCAGCUGACCUGCCCGUGCCGAAGCAGACAUCAUCUAGCAUUGCACACACAAAUCAAGAGGCCGUGACUAAUCUCAAGAAGGCUGUCACAGCAAAUCUACACACCAACGAACUCAUGGAAAUGGAGCAGAUUUUAAACACCACCAUGUAUAGAGUGACACAUGGGCCCUCGGUGGACAACCACCUUGAACUAAGGAAGGAAGGUGAAUUUUACCCUGAUGCUACUUUCCCCAUCGAAAAUAGCUAUGAAGCCCAGCCUUAUGAGUAUUAUUACUAUGAGGAUUAUAGUGCAAUGCUUGACAUGGAGUAUAUUAGAGGGCCAAAAGGGGACACUGGACCUCCCGGUCCCCCUGGCCCCAUGGGUAUCCCAGGUCCGUCAGGCAAGAGAGGCCCGCGGGGCAUUCCAGGACCACAUGGAAAUCCUGGGUUACCUGGGUUGCCAGGUCCAAAGGGCCCCAAAGGAGAUCCUGGGUUGUCGCCAGGCCAAGCUGCUUCUGGAGAAAAGGGUGACCAUGGUGUUUUGGGAUUAGUGGGCCCUCCUGGUUUGCAAGGUGAAAAGGGUCUCAAAGGACAUCCAGGGCUCCCGGGACACCGUGGGGAACAAGGACUCCCAGGACUCGCUGGUAAUAUUGGGUCACCUGGCUACCCUGGCAGGCAGGGUUUAGCUGGACCAGAAGGAGAUCCAGGCCCUAAAGGUGUUCGAGGUUUCAUUGGCUCUCCUGGAGAGGCAGGACAGCUUGGACCUGAAGGAGAAAGGGGUACUCCUGGGAUCCGUGGGAAGAAGGGUCUGAAAGGAAGACAGGGUUUUCCUGGGGGCUUUGGAGACAGAGGCCCUGCUGGUCUGGACGGAAGUCCUGGGCUUAUAGGUGGCAUUGGGCCUCCUGGAUUUCCUGGUAUUAGAGGAGAUGUUGGUCCUGCAGGAUCAAUUGGACCCCCAGGAGCUCCUGGACCAACGGGUCUCUUAGGAAAUAGAGGAACCUCUGGAAUCAAAGGUGAUAAGGGUGAGCAAGGCACGACAGGAGAGCCAGGAGAACCUGGGUACCCUGGAGACAAGGGUACCACUGGGUCGCCAGGACCACCAGGGAUAAGAGGAAAGUCGGGACCUUCAGGACAACCAGGUGACCCAGGACCCCAGGGACCACCAGGCCCUCCAGGACCAGAGGGUUUUCCAGGAGAUAUUGGGAUUCCUGGACAAAAUGGACUCGAAGGACCAAAGGGACACCUUGGAAGCAGAGGGCCCCCAGGGCCUCCAGGACUCAAAGGAACUCAGGGUGAAGAAGGACCAGUUGGACCCUUUGGAGAACUAGGAACAAGGGGAAAACCAGGUCGAAAAGGGUAUAUGGGAGAACCAGGGCCAGAAGGCUUAAAGGGAGAAGCAGGAGACCAAGGAGAUAUUGGGAAAAUUGGUGAAACAGGACCUGUUGGUUUGCCUGGAGAAGGAGGGAUGCCUGGAAGCAUUGGUGAAAAGGGGGAGCGUGGAAGUCCAGGCCCACUUGGUUCCCAGGGAGAGAAGGGUGUCAUGGGCUACGAAGGUCCUCCUGGAGCUCCAGGACCCAUGGGCCCCCUGGGAUUACCUGGUCUUUCUGGGGCAAGAGGCGCACCUGGAAGCCUGGGUCCUAAAGGACAAAGAGGACCCAGAGGACCAGAUGGCCUCCCAGGGGAUCAAGGUGCCCACGGCGCUAAGGGUGAAAAGGGAAAUCAAGGAAAAAGAGGGCCUCAUGGUCUUACUGGUAAGACUGGAAGCCCAGGGGAGAGGGGAGUUCAAGGAAAACCAGGCUUACAAGGACUCCCUGGCAGCCCAGGAGACAGGGGGCCUGCUGGAGAACCAGGAGCACGAGGGCUGCCGGGUAGUGCUGGACCUCCUGGAGAGAUGGGUGUGGAGGGACCUCCAGGCACUGAGGGAGAAUCUGGCCUACAAGGUGAACCAGGCGCUAAGGGAGACAUUGGACCAACCGGCAGCACUGGAUCGGUGGGAGAGCCAGGGUCACGGGGUGAACCAGGAGCUCCAGGAGAAGAAGGCCUCCAAGGAAAAGAUGGAUUAAAGGGGCCUCCAGGAGGAAGCGGACUUUCUGGAAAGGAUGGAGACAAAGGAGAGAUGGGCUCACCAGGGACAGCAGGACCCUGGGGUAAAGCAGGUCAAAUGGGUCUUCCAGGACCAGAUGGAAUUGUGGGAACCCCAGGACAAAGAGGUCGACCAGGGAAAAAGGGUCAUAAAGGACAAAUAGGACCCACGGGAGAAGUUGGAAGCCAAGGCUCCCCCGGGAAGGCUGGGGAAAAUGGCCCUAAGGGCGCCAGAGGAACAAGAGGUGCUGUGGGUCCAUUAGGAUUGAUGGGACCUGAUGGAGAACCAGGAAUACCAGGAUACACAGGACAUCAAGGUCAACCAGGACCCUCUGGAUUGCCAGGGCCUAAAGGAGAAAAGGGUUACCCAGGAGAAGACAGCAAAGUCCUAGGACCUCCCGGGCCUCGAGGUGAACCAGGCCCAGUGGGGGAACAAGGAGAGAGAGGAGAGCAUGGUGAUGAGGGCUAUAAGGGCCAUAUGGGUGUGCCAGGACUCCGAGGUUCCACUGGACAACAAGGGCCCCCAGGUGAACCCGGUGACCAGGGUGGACAAGGACUGAAGGGAGAGAGAGGAGCUGAUGGUCCAAAGGGGAAAAAGGGAGUUCCUGGUCCAUCUGGGAAACCUGGCAUUCCCGGACUUCCAGGCCUUCCCGGGCCAAAAGGCUUACAAGGAUAUCAUGGAGUAGACGGCAUGUCAGGAGACCCUGGGAAGCCUGGGCUACUGGGAAAACAAGGACUUCCUGGUGUCACAGGCAGCCCAGGAAGGACAGGACUGACGGGAUCCCCAGGUCCUCGGGGAGGAAAGGGCUCAUCAGGGCCUCCAGGGAGCCCUGGUGUUCCAGGACCAAAGGGUGAACAAGGGCUAUCUGGUCAACCUGGAAUUCCAGGUAAAAGAGGACAGCGAGGAGCACAAGGUGACCAAGGACUACAUGGAGAGCCUGGUCUGAAAGGGCAGCCUGGAGAACACGGUGAUCAAGGUUUGACAGGUUUCCAAGGAUUCCCAGGCCCCAGAGGUCCAGAAGGGGAUGCUGGUAUUGUUGGAAUUACAGGCCCUAAAGGUCCUACUGGGCAGAGAGGAAGCACUGGCCCUCUCGGCAGAGAAGGUAUAAUAGGCCCAACAGGCAAAACUGGACCCAGAGGUGAAAAAGGCUUCAGAGGUGAAACUGGUCCCCAAGGGCCGAGAGGCCAACCAGGACCUCCUGGUCCACCUGGAGCGCCUGGUCCAAGAAGACAAAUGGAUAUCAAUGCUGCCAUUCAAGCCCUGAUUGCAUCAAAUUCUGCCCUGCAGAUGGAGAGUUACCAGAACACUGAAGUGACUUUAAUCAACCACAGUGCAGAGAUAUUCAAAACCCUGACCUACCUUAGCAGUUUACUGAGCAGCAUGAAGAACCCUCUUGGCACACGAGAUAACCCUGCACGGAUCUGCAAGGACUUGCUCAGCUGCGAGUACAAGGUUUCAGAUGGAAAAUACUGGAUUGAUCCAAAUCUUGGGUGCUCUUCAGAUGCCUUUGAGGUUUUCUGCAAUUUUAGUGCUGGUGGCCAGACAUGUUUAUCUCCUGUUUCUGUGACCAAGCUGGAGUUUGGAGUUGGCAAAGUGCAGAUGAACUUUCUUCAUUUGCUGAGCUCAGAAGCCACCCACACUGUCACCGUUCACUGUCUAAGCACCCCAAGAUGGACAAGCACACAGGCAGAUGGCCCGGGAUUGCCUAUUAGUUUCAAAGGAUGGAAUGGUCAGAUUUUCGAAGAAAAUACUCUACUUGAACCUAAAGUCCUCUCAGAUGACUGCAAGAUUCAGGAUGGCAGCUGGCACAAGGCAAAAUUCCUUUUUCACACCCAGAAUCCUGAUCAGCUUCCUGUGAUUGAAGUCCAAAACCUUCCUCAUCUCAGAACCGAGCGAAAGCACUACCUUGAAAGCAGUUCUGUGUGCUUUCUCUAAAGCCUCUGCGGUAGCGCAGCUGCCUUGCUGUGCAUCCU